GCUGAUGAUUGUUCAUUUUCAACAACCAUUAAAGCCAGUGCAUCAUUAGAUCAAUUAAAUAGUUGUGAAACUUUAAAAGGUAAAAUUAAAAUUACCGGAGAUGAAAUUAGUUCAGUUCAAUUAAACAAAGUUAAAAAAAUUGAUGCUGACGUUAAUUUUUACAAUAGUAGUUCUAUUACUGAUAUUAACUUUAAUAACUUAGAAUCAAUUUCUGGUUCAUUAAAUGUUCAAGCAUUAACUCAAUUACAUUCAAUUGAUUUUUCAUCUCUUUCAGAAGCUGAAAAAUUAUCAUUAAUUUCAUUACCUUCAUUUGCCAUUAUUAAUUUAAAUAAAGGUAUUUCUUCUGCUGGUUCAAUCCAAGUUUCGGAUACUGCUUUGAGUUCUUUACAAGGUUUAACCAAUUUUGAUUCAAUUGAAACUUUGAAUAUUAAUAACAACAAAAAUAUCUCUUCAAUUGAAUUAGAUCAAUUAGAUCAUGUUAAAACCGGUUUGACUCUUAGUUUCAAUGGUGAUGAUUGUGAAGUUAAAUUAGAUAACUUGAAAUGGGCUUCUAAUUUAACCAUUCAAGACGUUGCUGAUGUCUCGGUUGGUAACUUGACCGAAGUUAAUGGUACUUGUGUUAUUGCUUAUAACUCUUUCGAAAAUUUGGAAAUUAGUAAAUUGAAAGAAGUUGGUGGUUCUUUACAAAUUUUUGCUAAUGAUGAAUUAACCGAAGUUUCUUUUAAUCAAUUAAAAGAUAUCGGUGGUGAAUUUAGAAUUUACAAUAACUCUGAAUUAACCGAUAUUGGUUUCCCUAAAUUAGAAGAAAUUAAAGGGGCUGUCAAUAUUAAAGGUAAAUUCGAUAACUUUACUUUGAAAGGUUUGAAAGAAGUCGAUGGUGAUUUCACCGUUGUUUCUACUUCCGAAGACUUCUCUUGCGAUGAUUUCAAAAAAUUACAUAAAAAGAAGAAGAUUGAAGGUCAUAACUUUAAAUGUUCUGCUCCAAGUAAAAAAUCAAAAUCUUCCAAAGGUGGUUCGUCAUCUUCUGGUUCUUCUGAUUCUGAUGAUUCUUCUUCUUCUGGUGGUUCUUCUGGUGGUGAUUCCUCCUCUUCGAAAUCCUCCGAUGCUACCUCCUUAUUCAGCACUUCCUUCUUGGGUCUUACAAUU